AGGUAACACACCAGAAUGUAAAUAAAGUAGGUAAUAGAUUGUCUAGCUUAACACGUUUAUUCUUGCACAUUGCGAAGUCAGUCUUUAAACCCAAUCAAUAUGCGAUUGCGAUUAUCAACGUUCCUUUCUGGACUGAGCGCCAUCUGCGCGGUGUCAGCACAGACUCAGUUGCAACAAGAGGGACCUUUCGCUCUGCAAGUGAAAGGCAAAGCCUGCAACAGUUCAAUUGAUGGCUACCUGAAGCUAUACAACUUGCCGGGCUCGACAGCGCCGACUUUCAUCAGCUACGAACCUACCGCGCAUCCUACCGUCAGCGACCCGUCAUACCAGUGGUACUUCAACUACACUGGCUUCAUACAGUACAGAGGCCACGAAGUAGGCUUCCUGCUCGCGAACCCGACACUCAACACCACGACCCCUUCCCCGUAUCGUGGACAGGUGCUGGACAUCACCUAUAUGUCUAAUUCGAAUGUUGGCGUCCCUGUGCUUGGCGUGGGUGGUUACUUUGACAUCGGCUUCGACGAUGACAACAAGUCUUUCAGCGUUCGGGAAUUCGACGAUAGCAAGUUCGUUCCUGGAGAGCAGCCCGAAUAUAGUGAUGACUACGGAUACUAUCACUGGGCUGUUUGUUGGCAGUUCUCUGGUACCUAUGCACAGACUCUGUCAUGGAUUACGGCCGGUAAACCUCAUAACCCAACCUGCGAGCUUGUCGAUCUUAUACGCGUCAAUCCAUAGUAGAUGCACUCGGAGGAUGACAGCUACAGUAUAACCUGGUAGAGCAGUGUGGCAAACAGACCAUACUAUUCGAGGCGAUAGAAGCUUAGAGAGAAAAGAAAAGUUGAGAGCGCUCAAACUCAAAAUGUCCAAUGGACUUUGCAUUGUAUUAUUAGUCUUAUACAUCUUUGGAGCUAAAGAACUAUGUAUUCUAAAUUGAGUGAAAUGAUGCUGCGACUUCACUGCUGAUACAGCACGGUGUUUACUUGAUAAUGAAUGAGGUCAAAGAUUAUCGAGAAGCAGUCUCCAUCUUGAACUUCCCUGU